AUGCGUUAUCUGGCUGCAUACUUACUAUGUCAGUUGGGUGGUAAGGAAAAUCCCACUGAAAAUGACAUAAAAACUGUGUUAAACUCCGUUGGGAUUGAACAUGAUUCUGGAAGACUUGGAGCACUUAUGACUUCCAUAUCCGGCAAAGACGUACAAAAGUUGAUUGUAGAAGGAUCUACAAAGUUGUCAUCUGUCCCGCUAGCCGGUGCUGGAGUUGCCGCUCCAACCCAAGCUGCUGCAGCUGCUCCAGGUAAAGCUGAGGCACCAAAAGUAGACAGUAAACCUGCGAAGGAGGAAGUAAAAGAAGAGUCGGAGUCAGAAGAGGACAUGGGCUUCGGACUGUUUGAUUAA